AUGGCUCCAGAAAUGCCCCAUCAAAUGCGAACUCCCCCGCCGAAUACCCCGAAGGAAUCAUCUGAGCCAGUUGCCAUAUCGACGAUGGAGAUGGGUUCAUCGCAGUCACCUGGCGAAGUUCCACAUCUAGUACGUCCAGAUCAGGGUGCUCCAGCGCUAGGUCAGGAACGACGAGAUACCUCGAGUGAGGCUGUUAGCUAUGUUAAACAAGUCAUACUCGAAUCUGUCGACCAGCCGGAUAUCUAUCGUACUUUUCUCCACAUCUUGAAGGAUUACGAGAGUCAAGUAAUCGGCCUUCCUGAUCUCAUCAGCCGUGUCUCGGAAUUAUUUGCUGGACAUCCGAACCUCAUACAAGGAUUAAUUCCAUUCUUGCCUCCAAGCUGCCGAAUUGAAAGCGGAGCUAAUGCCAUCUGCGCCACUGGUCAUCCUGUCACAAGAAACGAAUUAACUUCCAUCACGCACAUCAAUCCACCUAAGUCCCCUAGGUUGAACAAGGCUCCAGAGAUGUCCCAUCAAAUGCCGGCUGCCCCGCCGAAUACGCCGACGGAAUCAUCGGAGCCUGUUGCCACAUCGACGAUACAUGAGAUCGGCGCGUCAACCAGAAUGCUAUCAGAGCAGUUGGGCAUAAGGACGAAGAUGGGUCCAUCGCAACCACCUGGUGGAGUUGCACAUCCAGCAUAUUUAGCUCAGGGUGCUCUAGCGUUAACUCAGAAACAACUAGAUGAAGCUCGUAGCUAUCUUGACCAAGUCAAAGCCCAACUCGUCGACAAGCCGGAUAUCUAUAGUACUUUUCUCCACAUCUUGAAGGAUUUCAAGAGUCAAGUAAUCGACAUUCCUAACGUCAUCAACCGUAUAUCAGAUUUGUUUGCUGGACAUCCGAGCCUCAUACGAGGAUUUAGUACGUUCCUGCCUGAGGGACACCAAAUUGAAUGCGGCGCUAGUAAUGAUCCUGUCGCAAAUAACGCAUUAACGUCAACACAAACUGAACAAUGGACCGCUAUGAAUGAUGUUGCGCCUCAGCAGCCAAAUGCUGCUAAGUCAUUCGACUUAUGGACGAUGAUGGGUCCAUGGAGUACGAGCCUGCCCCUCCAUCAAAUGCUCGCCAUAUUAGUACAACCGCCAGAACUCACUCGGCGGAAAAUAGAACUGUUCACCCCCAUCGUGGUACGGCUGUUGCAGCCCGAGGACAUGGCAAACGUCUAUGCUAUCGCGACGCUGCUCUGCAAUGGCAUAGAUGUUACAGAUCAGCUCAGCGGAGAACUCAUUCAGUCUCCCAUUGACGGAACCUUUCGAUUCCCUGGGUUGACAAUCGAUAAAGACGGAGUAUAUUGUCUUAGGAUAAUCGUAUAUCAGCUGGACCUCUACUCAGGUGUUACUCAGGUCGGGUGUGUGGAUAGCAAUGAUAUCAUUGUGGCACCUCGGCCUGAUUUCAUGGCAAUCCAUCGAUCUAUUAGGGAUAUCACAACUGCUCAAGGCACGCAAUGGGUCGCACAACCACUAUUGUAUCAAACAGUGGAUGCCAACACAUGCAUAGACGAUCACACCGGUUACUUUCCAAAUCUGAAAAUCCAUUCAAGUUCGUCUGUUACAAAGUUGGAGGAGCAGAUGGAGCAGUUUGAUUAUUCGAAGUAUAUGGUAUUUAAUCCAGUUUCGGAUUUCAUACAGGAGACUGCAGUUUUGGAACAUGGACUCUACAACUGCGGACAUGGGUUGUUUCGGGAUGAGGACGGAGAAUGGUUUGAUGAUGGGGAGCUUGAACGGCCUGAAGGCCUACAUGAGUCAGUCCGACGUGGUGAAGACGGGGAAUUGUACUUUUCCUCCAAUGAAAUGCUCGUUGUCUGCAAUACUAUCAAGCAUUAUUUCCACAUCUCUCAUCAUUGA